GUGUGGCGAGCGCGCAUGCGCAGGAGCGGUUUGGAAUCGGGGCCCUUCGGUUUCUUUCGGCCCUUACCGGUUUCUUUCGGCCCUUACCGGUUUAUUUCGGCCCUUACCGGUUUCUUUCGGCUCUUCCCGGUUUCUUUCGGCUUUUUCCGACCCUUUUUCGGUUCUUCCCGAUCUCGCUCGGCCCUUUCCGCCUCCCCUCGGCUCUUUCCGCCGCUGUUCGGCUCUUUCCGUUUCAUUCGACUAUUUCCGCCUCCCCUCGGCCCUUUCCGCCGCCGUUCGGCUCUUUCCGCCGCCGUUCGGCUCUUUCCGCCUCCCCUCGGCCCUUUCCGCCGCCGUUCGGCCCUUUCCGCCGCCGUUCGGCUCUUUCCGCCGCCGUUCGGCUCUUUCCGCCUCCCCUCGGCCCUUUCCGCCGCCAUUCGGCUCUUUCCGCCGCCGUUCGGCUCUUUCCGCCGCCGUUCGGCUCUCUCCGCCGCCGCUGCCAUGGCCGGUGGCCGUCGCUCGCCGCCCGCUCGGUGCUGCCGGGACCGGGCGGCGCUGACCGGGCAUUGCUGCCCGGGGCCCGCGGCCGUGCCCAGCGUGCACCAGAGCCUGCCCGAGAUGGACUUCGAGCGGGGGAUCUGGGCGGCGGCGCGGGACGGGGACGAGGCGCGGGUGCUGCAGCUGCUGGAGCGGAGAGGAGACCCCGCGGAGCGGGACCGGGCGGGGUACACGGCCCUGCACUACGCCAGCCGGAACGGGCACUUGGCCGUGUGCCGGUUGCUGCUGGAACGCGGCGCCCCGAGCGACGCCCGCACCCCCGGCGGGGCCACCCCGCUGCACCGGGCGUGUUUCUGCGGGCACCGCGCCGUUACCGAGCUGCUGCUGCGGCACGGAGCCGACCCCGCCGCCGCCGACAGCGACGGCCGCACCGCCCUGCACAAGGCCGCCGAGCAGGGGCACCGCGAGCUCUGCGCCCUCCUCCUGCGCCGGCAGCCGGGCCUCGCUGCCCUCCGCGACGCCAGAGGCCGCAGCCCGCGGGACGGGGCGCAUCCGGCCGUGCGGGACCUGCUGGACGCCUGAGGGGACCGGGGCCGGUGCCCGGGGCUCAUUCCCGGUGCCCGCUCCGGUGCUGCCGCCUCACGCCGCUUCCACUUCCGUGUUCCGCCAGCGCGCCCCGCCCACCCCCCGCCUCCCACCAAUCACAUCCCGCCUUUCCCCUGUAGUCCCGCCUCACUUCCCUCGCAGCCAAUCACCGCCCGCGAUGCCGUUAAGGGGCGUGGUUUAGCACAACCCCGCGGGUGGGGGGGGAUUUAAAGGCGCCGCGUCCUUUUUAACGCGGUUCCGGUAACCGCGACCCUUCCCCGGUAACCGGGACCGCCCCGCGCGGCACCGAGCGCAGCCAGGUACAGAUAUAGAAUCUUUAUUAACCCAUCUGGCCAAAAAAAAAAAAAAAUCAAAACAAAAAACAACCCCCGUGAAAUACAAAUUCCACGGCGGGUUCGACAACCGGGGCGUGGGGGGAGGGGCAGAACCGGGAGGGGGAGGCCCGGCCCCCCCCGCCCCUCCCCCCAACCCCCACCGCGACCCGAGAGCCCCCAGAAAAUACAAAUCAAACCUGAACAAUAAAUAGGAAUUCCCCAAGGGGGGGAGGAACAGGAGGGGUUUGCAUAGAGGAAGAUUUAAUAAAAAAGUAUUUUUUUGUUGUU